GUUUACCUUUUGUGUGGACCUCGAAAAAGAAAACUCAUUGUCACUGUGUACAGUACAUGGUGUAUCUUUGAACACAUACUUGCAGCACAACACAGUAAAUGAUAACAAAUAUAUAGGGCUAUAGAAAUUGGUCUCACGCAAUCACAUAUAUCCCAGCUUUGGAUAUCCAACUAAACAAACUCACAGACUUUGGCUCAGGUUUCAGUGCAUGGCACGGGUAUGCUUAAUAUGGAUUAGGAUUAAGGGUUUAAAGAGAUCACAAUAAAUGGUUGGUGAUACUUGAUAUGAGCUCUGUGUCCUGUUAAAAUCCUCUCUUUCAAUUUACAACAAGGGCCUGCUAUGAAAUUACUUCUUCUAUAGGCAAAAUUGUUUAAUAAUAGAAUUAAGAUUCCUGUGAAUGUUACCUAAAGUGUUUGAUGAACCCCCAGAUUCUCUGUAUAUAUAGAGAGAUUCCCAUAGUAUACUUGUUGACCAACUGGCAACAAGAUGGAUCUGACUGCACUCGGAACCCUGAUCUUGGCUAUGUUGAUCUCAUGUCUUGUCGUUUACUCUACAUGGGACAAAUUAUACAGAAGAAGGAAUUUACCACCAGGACCAACUCCUCUACCCUUGGUUGGAAACCUGCUGCAGAUCAAAAGAGGGGAGAUGGUAAAAUCUCUUAUGGAGGUGGGAGCUCGCUAUGGCCCAGUGUACACCCUUUAUUUUGGCCAUCGGCCAAUAGUAAUCCUAAAUGGUUACACAGCAGUAAAAGAAGCUCUUGUUGACCAAGGGGAGGAGUUCAGUGGCAGAGGGAGGAUGCAUUCAGUCGACAAAAUCUUUGAUGGGUUUGGUGUUGUGUUCAGUAACGGGGAACGCUGGAAACAGCUCCGUCGUUUCUCCCUCUCCACCCUGAGGAAUUUUGGGAUGGGGAAAAGGAGUAUCGAGGAGAGAAUCCAGGAGGAAGCCCAGUGCUUGAUUAAAGAGCUUCAAAGCCUCAAACAAAAGCCCAUAGAUCCAAGGAAUAUCCUUGCUCAAGCCAUCUCCAAUGUCAUCUGCUCAGUUGUCUUUGGAAACCGCUUUGAAUAUGAAGAUCUGAAGUUUCUGAAGCUAAUUAACUUAUUCAAUGAAACAUUCCUGAUUUUGAGCUCUACCUGUGGGCAGCUGCAGGAAAUAAUCCCAAGGAUAAUGGAUUACGUUCCUGGACCGCAUCAGAGAAUCAAUCCCAUUUUUGAGAGGCUGCUGGUAUUUGUGUCCGAGAGGGUCAAGAUUAACCAAGCAUCACUGGACCCAAGUUCACCAAGAGAUUACAUUGAUUGUUUUAUAACUAAAAUGCAACAGGACAAUGAAGACCCUGCAUCAGAAUUCAAUAUGAAAAACUUAGUUCUGACUGUCCUUAAUUUAUUUUUUGCUGGGACAGAGACAGUCAGUACUACUCUAAGACACGGAUUCCUCAUUCUCCUUAAACAUCCAGAGAUACAGGAUAAGUUACAUAAGGAAAUCGACUCAGUGAUUGGUCAGAACCGCUGUCCAAGUAUUGAGGACCGGACCAAAAUGCCUUAUAUGGAUGCCGUUAUCCAUGAGAUACAGAGGUUCAGUGAUGUCAUCCCAAUGAAUGUUCCCCAUACUGUCAUUAGAGAUACAACAUUCCGAGGAUUCACCAUCCCCAAGGGUACAGACGUCUUCCCUCUGCUGUGUACUGUCUUGAGAGAUCCCACUCAGUUCUCCACACCUGACAAAUUCAACCCUGGCCACUUCCUUGAUGAAUCUGGGAGUUUUAAGAAGAGUGAUGCUUUCAUGCCAUUUUCCAUAGGAAAGAGAAUUUGUCUGGGAGAAGGUCUGGCCAGAAUGGAGCUCUUUCUCUUCUUGACAACCAUUUUGCAGAAUUUUACACUCGUCUCCGAGACUAAAUUUACAGAAGAAGAUAUUGCUCCACGAAUGACAGGAUUUGCCAAUGUUCCCAUAGACUAUAAGCUAUCGUUUAUACCUCGCUUGGUGUAACUUAGAACAGAAUUCAUACGCAGACAUUAUUUAGUAAGAAUCUAAAUCUUCACUCUCAAAGGCAAAUUUUUAUUAUUAUUAUUAAAUGUGUCCUUUAAUGUAAUUCCCCUAUAGUGGAUGUCCUGAGCAAUUCGAAAAUUGGGAUUUAGAUUAUUACAGAUGCUCGUUGCUAACUGGCCUUCUUUAUGAUCAAAUCAUGCUCAGUUUUUCAUAUGCAGAAUAAAAUUACUUAUGUGAAAAAUAACAUUCUGCUAUUGAAGAGUAGGGAUCAUUUACCCUAGCCUGGUGGUUGUGGGGGACUGCGGAAGGCGGGCUUAUCGGAAUCUGGAAUCCCUCUUUAACAAGGGGACCACCAG